AUGAACGGCACGUUUUACGAGCAGCUCGGGGGUGUGGCUGGGGUUUUCGAACAGUGGGGCACGUGCGAGCGAACCGUGAUGGCGUGUACGCUGGCACGGAGGGUGCCCUGGCCAGGUCUGCGCCUGGUGCAGCGUACAGUGGAAGCGGCUUUGCAGAACCAUGUGGAAGACGAACGUCUCGAGAGAGACGCGAAUGACGAAACGCUCUUGGCCAGCUUAUUGGCGGCGAGGGCUAACGAGGACGAAGAUGAAGAUGGAGAACGCCUUCGUCGGCUGUUGACACUGCUACCCCUAUUGAGAACAGAUAAUGAACAUGCAAAAAAUGUAUAUGUGGGUGCUGCCCCAGCUCUAGUGCAGCGAUGUGUGGAUGCACCGAGAAUAACAAUUGCUUCAGAUUUAUGUCGACAACUUUUAUCGUACUUGUUAGUACAUCCAGCCUUAAGCCUUCACGAUCAGAGAACAGUGACACAAUGGCUGCGUUACCUAGAAAAUCAUAUCUCUGGCAACAGAAACUCGGAAUCAGUCUGGCAGCAACGAAUAGACCCCCUCAUGCCUGAAACAAACAUUUGGAAUACCAAUAGCACUUUUAGACGUACAAUCGGAAAGAAUGUAGAAUUUAGAGCAAUACUAGACUCAGUGGACCACCCACCGUACACAGACUUACAGGAAUCAUUUUCUAAGAACGGAAGAGAUGUUGACAUUAGUAUAGAAGGGGAUCUAUUUGACCUGGCUAUCACCCAGCCAAAAUCCCAAAGAUCUAAUAGCCUGACACCUCCAUCAACAAAUUUUCUACAAAUCUCUUCUUCGGCAGAGAAUCUUAGUGAUGAACCUUUCCAGAAACCAAGAAGUUUCUCUCUAUCGAGUGAACAUAGUUUGGGGCAGUUAAGGCCGAUUAUAAUGUAUGGAACGACGGGCAGUGAGACGAGGUUGGACGAAUUGAGAUUAAACAAUUACACAGAGCAUCCUGGCAUGUCCACUGUAGCACAGUGGCUGAAGAGUUUGCGGUUACAUAAGUACGUGUGGCUCUUUACUAACAUAACUUAUGAGCAGAUGAUGGCAAUGGACGAGAAGUAUUUAGAAAAAUUGGGUGUAACGAAGGGAGCCCGCCACAAGAUUCUCCUCUCCAUAAAGAAACUCAAUGAAAGAUCAGCUAUCCUGGAGUCCGUGCGCACCGAGCUGUCUUCUGGUGGCGGAGCGAGCGCGAUGGUGAGAGCACUGGAGAAGGUGAGGGGUGUGUUAUUGUCUCCCAUGCCUCCUGGGUCAGACCUGCCCGUAGCUUUGGUAGCUGCUUUGGACUUGGCAUCAAAAUGCCUCACAAGUGCAAGCAACAACGCCUUGAGUGCGGACAGCGAAGAUCUAAUGGAUCCCAUGUCACUUCAUUGCUGGCUUGUGGAAAAGGCUCUGCACCAUGAAUCGUUUCGAUGCAGUGGUCUCCAAGAGGCGUUGAGACGACUCCGGCAUCGUCUCCCUCCGCGCCAGUUUUUCCAGCAUGUCAGCGACAUGCCUGCACUCAGGAGGAAUAAACCCAGAUGGCGAGUAAGUCCUAGUAGUCGCGGGCGUCGCUCGUGGGCGCCGCCCCCGCCUCGCGGCAAGUCCAACUCGUAUCCGCCUUUCCCCCCGCUGGCGAGCGUCUUUAGGCCCGCUGCGCCCGCGCACGACGACUACUCGAGCCUCGACGCCCUCUGUCUGCAGAUGACGGAACAAGCCAUCAACUGA